UUUGUCGAUGUACUUUUCCAGGCGGCGCAGCGUCAGUCAGUGUGUGUUGCUAGCUGAGGAGACGUGCAGACAGCUGCGAAAAAACAUGAGACCGCUUUUACUCGGUGUGUUGGGCUGCUCCCUGGUCCUGGCUGUCCAAGGUUUCUACUCAGCUAGUGAUGAUGUUGUUGAGCUGAACCCCUCCAACUUCAACAGGGAGGUGAUCCAGAGUGACAGUCUGUGGCUGAUCGAGUUUUACGCUCCCUGGUGUGGCCACUGCCAAAACCUGACACCUGACUGGAAGAAGGCAGCCACAGCCCUGAAGGGUAUCGUCAAGGUUGGAGCCAUAGACGCAGAUCAGCACAAGUCCCUGGGUGGUCAGUAUGGCGUCAGAGGCUUCCCAACCAUCAAGAUCUUUGGAGCCAACAAGAACAAGCCCGAGGAUUACCAAGGUGGACGCAGUAGCCAGGCCAUUGUGGAGGGAGCCAUGAAUGCCUUGCGCUCCCUGGUGAAGGAGAGGCUGAGCGGCAAGUCUGGAGGCUCCGACUACAGCAGACAGCAGAGCGGCGGUGGCAGUAAAAAGGAUGUGGUGGAGCUCACAGAUGACAACUUUGACAAGAUGGUUCUGGACAGCGGUGAUGUGUGGUUGGUGGAGUUCUUUGCCCCCUGGUGUGGACACUGCAAGAACCUGGAGCCUGAGUGGGCGGCUGCAGCCUCAGCUGUGAAGGAGCAGACCAAGGGCAAAGUUCACCUAGGAGCUGUGGAUGCUACUGUGCACCAGGGUUUGGCCAGCCGCUACGGGAUCCGUGGAUUUCCCACAAUCAAGAUUUUCCGCAAGGGAGAGGAGCCUGAGGACUACCAGGGAGGCCGCUCUCGUUCCGACAUCAUCGCCAGGGCCAUGGAUCUGUUCUCUGACAACGCCCCUCCCCCUGAGCUGCUGGAGAUCCUCAGUGAAGACAUCCUGAAGAAGACUUGUGAGGACUACCAGCUGUGUGUGAUCGCCGUGCUGCCUCACAUCCUGGACACAGGCGCAGCCGGCAGAAAUGGCUAUCUGGAGGUGAUGAUGAAGAUGGCCGAGAAGUACAAGAAGAAGAUGUGGGGAUGGCUGUGGACUGAGGCUGGAGCUCAGAUGGACCUGGAGGCCUCGCUGGGCAUCGGAGGGUUCGGCUACCCGGCCAUGGCUGCCAUCAACGCCCGCAAGAUGAAAUUCGCUCUCCUCAGGGGCUCCUUCAGUGAAACCGGCAUUCAUGAGUUCCUCAGGGAUCUAUCUGUGGGCCGCGGCUCAACCGCCACAGUGGGAGGUGGAGCCUUGCCCAAGAUCAACACUGUGGAACCCUGGGACGGAAAAGACGGAGAGCUUCCUGUAGAGGACGAGUACGACCUCAGUGACGUGGAUCUGGAUGACGACUUUGAGAGGGAUGAGCUAUGAGCCCAGGCGGGACAGGGGCUGUGAUCCAGACUGGCCCGGUUGGAUCUAGUCUGGUGUAGUCUGGCCCGGCCCUGCGCGACCCGCCUCCCCUCUCCUGUGGACGAGUGGGAGGCCAGGUCGCCCAGUUACUGAAAUAAACCAGAUGAGACAACAUCAAGGAGAGACACCUGCAGCUUCUCAAAUCAUUUUUCAGUCAGAGGGAGGGGGGGGCGUGUCGAGGCACUGCAGUGAACUCUGCCUCACAUAUCUGCUGAACAUUAGAUGCUGCAUAUUUAUACAGGGCCGCCCCGCUGGGGAGAGGAGGGAGGGAGGGGUUUUUCUGAAUGUCGCAUUUCAGUUCAUUCAUGUUUUUUCAACCAUUGUUCCCUCUCCCCUCUUCAGCCACCUUCAAGCACCUAUCUUUUCAAAGACAAGGACUCGUCAAGUAACACUUCAGUGUCCAACCCAAUGUGACUAAAUCUACUUUUUAUUAUUUUUGUCUCUCUUUUAAAUUCAGUGAAUGAGAAUAUCAGUGGGUUUGCAUUGUGUCUGUCCAGGACAAGGGGAUACUGUGGGGACUUGUGUAGAUUUUUCUUACACGACUUUAUUUCAAUUGUGUGGAAACAAAAUGACAUUUUUGUUACAAAAAUAAAAAGGAAUAAAAACAAUUAA